ACAGCAUUCAAAACAACAAGUGAUAAAUAAGUGGAUGGCAAGUUUUUAAGCUAAAGCAGUGUGUUUCUAGUUAGACCUCUUAUUUCGGCGCGUGUUGAGUUUGAUUAGUGGCAGCUUGGAUCAACAAGAGAUACCUUCCAGCAAUAACACAUUGCAUUCCAGGAUGCCUAAUAUAAAAGUGUUUUCCGGCACUUCUCAUCCAGAUUUAGCCCAAAGAAUAGUUGAUCGUUUGGGCAUAGAUUUGGGGAAGGUAGUGACCAAGAAAUUCAGUAAUUUGGAGACGUGCGUUGAGAUCGGCGAGUCUGUUCGAGGCGAAGAUGUAUACAUUGUGCAGUCUGGCUCUGGAGAAAUUAACGACAACUUGAUGGAACUUUUAAUAAUGAUUAACGCAUGUAAAAUCGCAUCAGCUUCAAGAGUGACUGCAGUUAUUCCAUGCUUUCCAUACGCCCGCCAAGAUAAGAAAGAUAAGUUGCAAGGUGGCGAAGACGGCUACGAUAACUUGAAGUUCGCUAAAAAAAACUACGACUGGAAAUUUAGGAGUCGUGCCCCCAUAUCUGCUAAAUUAGUCGCUAAUAUGUUGUCUGUAGCUGGAGCUGACCAUAUUAUAACAAUGGAUUUACAUGCUUCUCAAAUACAAAAAUGUGUAGAUCCCACAGAUAACACAGACACCUGGUAA